CUGCCAAAUGAAUCAACGAAUUCCCGAAGCCCGAAGGACACAGGACGAAGGACAGUGACAACAACGACGACGACGACGACGACGAUUGCUGCGCUGCUGCUGCUGCUGCUGCGACUCCCUUUUGGAGUAUAAAUACCAGAGACGCACGGCCGUGGGCCAUCAGUUCGCCAGCCGAAUCCGCCCUGGUCACGUGUCUCGGCCGCCACUCGCAGCAUCCUUUUGCCGCAUCCUUUCGCGUUCGCUCGAGAAACUCGCUCAACAACCUUUUCGUUUUUUUUUUUAAUUGUUUGUUAUUGUGCACGUGCAAUGUUCACCAACUGGCUGACGGGUAGCACCACCAGCACCAGCAGCGGCGGCAGCAGCACGCCGGCACUCACACGCUCCUCGGGAUUGGGAGGAUUGGGUAGCCUUCCCGGUAGCAUUGCCGGCAAUGCCUCCUCGCUGGUAAUGAGCUCCCCGCCGGAUGUCAUCCUGGAGGUGGGUCCAGCUCCCAGCAGUGUACGUUUCGUAGCCCACUCCCUGGUCUUGGGGAUGCACAGUGGCUAUUUACGUUCCGCCAUCCGGUUGGACGAGGCCUCCACCAUGGCCACCAUCGCGGCGGCAGCGGCAGCCAAUGGUAAUUCCUCUUCUUCAGUGGCAGCCGCUGGUGGUUCAGCCAGUGGAGAGUUACUGCUCUACCUGAGCAACGUGACAGCCGAUCAGUUUGCACCGUUGCUCACCUACAUGUACACGGGAUAUCUGGACCUGACCGUGGACAACAUCUUUGCCGUCCUGCUGGCCACACAUGUAUUGCACAUGCCAAGGGCUUUGGAGAUAUGCCGCUCCUUUUUGGCCCGCGCUCAAACGGAAGGCUAUCUAAAUGGCAAUCCCGGCCAGCUUUGUCCCGCUGCUGUGCCCAGCAACGUUGCCAAGGUUAUCCGGCCCAUACCCAGCAAGGCCACCAUGCCAAAUUUCGGUUUCAUGCCUCACAUGCCACAGGCCACGCCGCCAAGUGCAGCAGCAGCCGCAGCAGUUCCCCCUCCACCACCACCUCCUCCUGCUCCAGCUCCAACUCCUGUUCAAGCUCCUCCGCCUCCAGCAGUUUUCCUAAAUAUGGAGGUGGCCAAUAGUCCACGUUACCACGAAGAGGACAACGACGAAGAGGAGGACAUUGAAGUAUUCAUCGACAGCAAUACGGUGACAGAUAACGAAUUGGAUCUUGAACAAGAACCAGAACCCGAUGUGGACAUGGACUGCAAUGUGUCGGUGGUGAGUUCCCUGGCGGGCAGCAGUGCUGGAAGUCUAAAUAUCGAAAGACUAGAUGUCAAGCCCACACCAGCUAUACUACCAACUGCUCCUAACCUGGUAGCUCCUCCUCCUGCCAGUGGCAAGUUAUCCAAAUCCAAGAGGGAGCAAAACCAACAAAAGUGUGGCCAGGGCAAAAAGGGUAGAUCUAGAAAAGGAGGAGCAACAUCUAGUGGAAGUGGCCUCCAGGUGGCCAAGGCACCAGUGCCAGCAGCACAGCUGGAACCAGCUGGAACAACAACAACGACGCAGUCUGUAUCCAAGUUCAUUAUCGAUGUGGCCAGCUGCGAUGGACCAGUGCGCUUUCGUCGCAUCCUAAACACAGCCUAUGGCCACAAGCCUGAGGAUCAUCAUACGGCUGCAGGAGGAGGAGGAGGAGUAGCAACGGGGGGAGCAUCGGGUUCGGCAGGAGCAACUGCCUCGGAGCAGCAUCGCAGCCAGCAGAGUGUUAGCUACUCUUUUCACCAGCAAAUGGCCAGGGCCAUUAGCAGUCAGCAGCGACAGCAGCAGCAACAGCAGCUGGAGGAGAGUGAGAACAGCGGAGAUGCUCCACAGCCAGCAGCCUCGAACUUGAAUUCCUCCAGGAAGCAUUCAAACACAGGCUCUGGCGGUGGCUCAGCCUCAACGAGUGGUGGUUCCUCCUCCAACCAGGAGCUGUAUGUCUGUGUAUAUUGCAAGCACACCUUCAAGUCGCAGUAUUGCUACCAGAAGCAUGCCAAGCGUCAUCUCAAUCCACUCAGCUUGACCACAACAACAACAACGACCACAACUGGUGGCGAAAAGAAGCUACUGGCUGCCGAGCCACCCACAACACUGGCCAGCCUGGAGGCGGAGACCCAAAUAGUGGUGGCUUCGGCGGCUUCGACUGCUACUGCUGCUCCCUCAUCAAUUAUUGCAGGUGCAACAGGAGCAGCAUUGCUGCGUCGCGAGGUUAGGCCCUUGGACAUGAAUGUCCAGUAUUAUCCCUGCAAGACAUGCGGCAGCAAGUUUCCCAGCUACUAUUUUGUCCACAAGCACCGGAAGAUGUGCCAUGCCGAGGAGAUCGAGGCCACCAAUAAUAAUACAAGCAAUGCCAGCAGCAGCAGCAGUAGCAACAAUAGCAGCAGCAAUCUAGCCUCCAAGAGGGAGGUGGCAACUGCUCCUGCUCAAGGUCCACCUACUGCUGUAUUGGAUACUCCUGGAGAGGAUCCACAGGCAGGACAACAACAGAACUAAGGUUCUAAGCACUCAAAAUCAAAGCAUCGAAAUCUACGAAUUUAUGAAAAACAAAUGCUACAAGUUAGUCUCGUUUUUUUUUUUGCGCUCUCUUUAGAAAUGCAAUUAAAUAAAUUUAUGAAAUAAAUAAAUAAAAAAUAU